AGUACAGUUUGUGAAAUCGAACGUGGCUCAGAUGAUCUAAAAACCACUUCUCUCUCAAACAUCGAUCAACAUGGCUGCCUUUAUUUUUUCUUGUUACCCAAAUGUCUUGCUACUGCUUGUUCUGACAUCUCUGACGUUUGGCUCUCUGAUGGUUGCCUUUGCUGUUAACUUUAAUCAAGAUGUUGAUAUCACAUGGGGAGAUGGCCGUGCUAAGAUACUCAGCAAGGGCAAGCUUCUUUCCCUCUCCCUUGACAAAACCUCCGGCUCCGGCUUCCAGUCCAAGAACGAAUACCUGUUUGGAAAGAUUGACAUGCAGAUAAAGCUUGUCCCCGGGAAUUCUGCCGGCACUGUCACUGCGUACUAUUUACGCUCGGAAGGUUCAUCUUGGGAUGAGAUAGACUUUGAGUUCCUGGGGAACCUGAGUGGUGACCCUUACAUUGUCCACACCAAUGUGUACGCUCAAGGCAAGGGCGACAGAGAGCAGCAAUUCUACCUCUGGUUCGACCCCACAGCUGGAUUUCACACCUAUUCCGUGCUAUGGAAUCCCGGACGCAUUGUAUUUUACGUAGAUGGCAGGCCAAUUAGAGAGUUCAAGAACUUGGAGGGUUUCGGCAUUCCUUACCCGAAGAACCAGCCAAUGAGGGUGUACUCUAGCCUAUGGAACGCUGAUGAUUGGGCGACGAGAGGUGGGCUGGUGAAGACGAACUGGACUCAAGCACCUUUCACUGCUUCCUUCAGGAAAUUCAAUGCCAACGCUUGCGUCUGGUCUAAUGGUGCGUCUUCUUGCAGCAAUUCUAAUGCCACCAAUAACGCAUGGCUCUCUCAAGAGCUAAAUUCCACGGGCCAAAAGAGGCUGAAAUGGGUGCAGACGAAUUACAUGGUUUACAAUUACUGCACGGACACAAAGCGAUUCCCUCAGGGCCUCCCGCCAGAAUGCAAUGUCACCACCAAGGCAUGACGAAUGGAUAUUAACCCAUAGCCGGCCAUGGAUUAUUUACACGCUCAAGUCAUUUUCACUUCAUCGACGUUACAUUCUCUGUGCCAUUUUGAUUGUUGAAAUGGACAAUUUUCAGUGUGAUAAAAUAAAGCAAGACGAAUGAAAAAGAUUUUAAGUAA